AUGGUUCCGUUGAGGCGGCACGGCCUUUUCCUGGUGCAGUCUUUCGACUCCUCACUCACCAUUCGUCACCUUCGAUCCAUCCCCGCAGACAGACUGCGUAAACUUAUCGCUGAACAGAAUGACAACAUGAGCAAUCGAAUCGUGCCGGGUAGGGACCAACCGAGCUCCUGGUGGUUAACCCAACCCCGUGAUCGAUCCAAAAAGGUGGUUGGUAUGCGACCUGUCAAACCACUUCCAGAACUGCGCAUCAGCAUGGUCCGCGAAGGCUGCACCAACAGACCCUUCUACACCAUUCAGGUAAAGUCGAAUCAGGCCCAUGGAAAGGACCAGGGCAUCGAACAAGUCGGCUCCUGGGACCCCUUCCCGAACCGUGAACACGGCGAACAGCUUGUUGGCCUCAACGUAGAGCGAAUACUUUACUGGAUGAGUCAGGGGGCUCAGCCUACAGAACGAGUUGCUGAGCUCCUUGGUCUCGCAGGGAUCCUCCCCAUCCACCCCCACUCUCUCCUUGUCGCGCACAGAGCACGGUGCGCGAUGUCGCAGAUGGCUAAAGCGGCCGAGUCGAAGGCCCUUGAGGAAACGCAAAGCGACGCAGAUGGAGCCGACGGUGACACAAAUAAGAGUCAGGAGGAGGAGGAGGACGGGGAGAAGGUGGAUGAUCCGUUGAAACGACCGGAUGCGAUUUGGCGGAAAAAGAACUCGGGUGAACAUUGGUGGCGGCACGGAUUAAUGUAG